AAAAACAAAAUCAAAGAAAAGAAAAGAAAAGGGUAAACGCGGUUUCUUCAUCCUUCCGCCCACCAGAUUCUUCAACGAUCAACGCUUCAAUCUCACCAUCAAUGGCAUUGGAAUGGGUUGUACUCGGCUACACCGCCGGCGCCGAAGCAAUCAUGCUCCUUCUCCUCACUCUUCCUGGUCUCGAACCAAUCCGCAAGGGCCUAAUCUCCGUCACUCGUAGCCUCCUUAAGCCUUUCCUCUCGGUCGUCCCUUUCUGUCUCUUCCUUCUAAUGGAUAUCUACUGGAAGUACGAAACUCGACCCACCUGCGAAGGCGAGAGUUGCAGUCCAUCCGAACAUCUCCGUCACCAGAAAUCCAUCAUGAAGAGCCAACGUAAUGCGCUCCUCAUCGCCGCAGCUCUUAUAUUCUACUGGCUAUUAUACUCCGUUACCUCCCUCGUUGUCCGCAUCGAUCAGAUUAAUAAACGAUUGGAGAAGACCAAGGCAAGGGAAUGAUUUUGAUUUGGAUCUUGCAGCCUCUACUCAGCUGCUGGUUUGAUUUGCUUCUUUUCGUCUGUUAGGGUUAAUUACAUGUUUGACAACUUCAUUUCAAGAUUCAGUAUUUUGAUUUGCAACUAGUAUACUGUUUUCUGCAUUGAUAUGUUUAAUUGAAACAGAUCUGACCCAAUUAAAGGGUCACAAUAAAAUGUAUGCUUAAACUUCAUUCAUUGUUGAUCAUCUCCAUGGAUCCAAAGCUUGUAUCUGCA